AUGGACCUAUGGAGAUAUGUUAACAUACAAAUUGAAACAUACUCGUUCCUGCAGGCUGUGACUGACCAGAGACUGAUCUAUGGUGGUAAACUGCUGCCCGACUAUCUACACAUCAAAGAUCUCUUCAGACAGACUGAUACGAGUCCCACAAUCCAUCUGGUGUGUCCUAUCCAGAAUCUACAACAAAGACCACUAGGAGCAAGACCAAAGACCAAAGCGACACAACUGCCACAACCCUCCAGCCCAAGGCCCGCGGCAGCCUCUGCUUCACCCAGUCCCAGCAGCCUGUCCUCCACAGACCAGACUCCCAGCACACCAGAACUGAGACAGAGGAGGCAGACAAGUCCAUCUUCACCUGCUGCUCCAGCCCACACACAUGCCCCAGUGUCUCCACCAGAAACGCCUACAUGGCCUGCUGCUGCAAUGGCCAGAUCAACUCAGAUCACCCAACCAGCCUUUCCCACCUACUCCCUGUACAGCCCUCAACAACUUCUGUGGCUGCAGCAUGUCUAUGCUAGACAGUAUUACAUGCAAUAUCAGGCAGCGUUGGCCGCUGCAGGGACCGUCCCUUCUGCACCAGCUCCAACAAUCGGCCAGUACCCUCCUGUUCACGCCCAACAUGUGCCAGUAGCAGCCCCCUUAGCCAAUCAAAACCCAAUCGACAACCUGCAAGCCAAUCAGAACCCAGCGCAAGAUGCAGCUUUCAUCAACCCUGGUGAGGCCAACCAGAACAUGCGGAUGAAUGCCCAGGGGGGGCCUGUCAUGGAGGACGAGGAGGAUAUGGAGCGUGAUUGGCUGGACUGGUUGUACACCGCUGCGAGAUUAGGUGUUCUGCUCAUGAUCGUGUACUUCAACUCCAACCUGAGUCGCUUUCUGCUGGUGAUGAGCACCCUCUUCCUCAUGUACCUACACACCGCUGGCUGGUUUCCCUUCAGAAGGCAAGGACAGGUCCAACAACCAAACCCCCCACAGCCCCCUGAGGUCCAGCACAAUCAGCAGAAUGAGAACAGGAACCAGAACCUAAACCCAGAUGACGAGCUUGCUGACAGACAACAUGAGGAACCAGCUCCUGCAGCAGACGGACAAGAACCGAUGACAGCAGUUUUAGUGCCUCCUCACAGGGUGUCAAUCAUGUGGACCACCUGGGUUUUCUUCAAAACGUUCUUCUCCUCUCUCCUACCUGAGGUUCCCCAGCGCAUGGCCAACUGAGCAUCGAAGCAGACUUUACAAAAAAAGAAGUAAUUCAGGGGAAGAAAUCUCUCUGGAUUAGAUGCUUGAAAAGCUGAUUGAUGCAGGAUGUCAGAGGCCAUAAACUCAAGAAUAAAGAAUAAGAAGAACAUCGGAUUGAUACUCCUCAACAAAGAACUUCAAGUUUGAACAGACUUCUGGACCGUGUGGUAUUGAUUGUGAUCAAACACAAUGAAAGCACCAGCACAAUAAAGCUGGGCCACAACACACCAUUACAUUUGAAAAAAUAUGGACUGAAAACAAAGUAAAACAAAAACCCUCAAAAUAUCAAACAGCACUUUUUACAAUAAGGAACUGUUCUUUUGGAUCCCUGCUCUGUGAUCAUACGUCUUAAGUAAAGCUACUGAAUGGUUUUCCUUGAUCAUAAAAUAACAAUAGAUGGCAGCAGAGGACUAAACAUGUACCCUCCAUGCUGCCACUGUAACGGCUGUGCCUGGAUCUUUCUUCCUGUGAAUCAGCCCAUCAAAGUAUUUGAAGAGAAUCUGAUCCAGCUCAGUUCUCUCACACUUGUAAGGAUUAUAUUCAUCAUGUUCAGUUGAAGUGUAAAUCUUCACACAGACCUGAUCCAGUUCUGUAUCAUCUUUCGACUAUCUGAAUCAAAAGAAUUACCAGGUAGAGAUCUUUUUCUCUUUUUCAUUACAAAUGCCUCUUCAUUUUAUUCAUAUUUGUUUUUACAGACUUUGCUUCAGUCUAAGGAAGCCUAGAAGGCCCAAGCAGAUUGAUUUUGACAGCGACUGUUUUGAUCUAAUGUUUUGGGUUUAUUGUCCUUUACCCUCCUUUUUAAAUAUCAGCUAGGUUAUUUGAAGACUUCACAAAAUUACCAUCACAUUACCAAAAUCACUUUAGUCAAAACUAUAUUCAAGUUUUUUUUUUUCUAUUUCAGUCAUUCAAGUGAAGUUUGAAAUUAAGUUGCUCACAUUUCUUGUACAUCUAUUAUUAUCUCCGACACAGUCUCUACAUUGAGUUAAUUAUGUCAAUGUGAGCAGAGGUUGACUGUGACUACAACUUCAGUUUCCAAAUAAAUCUGGAAAAGUCAAACUUACAAAAUACUUAAAUGGCUAAAUUGAAAGUUACAUUCAGUUCUUUGCCAGUUCUAAUCGAGCAUCAUGUGGUGUUGUUACAAAAUACUAACACAGUGCCAACUUGUUGUUUGCAUCACAAAGCACUUUAGCUUGUAUAUAAAUAAGGUUAGGGGUUUAUGAUUCUCCCUCAUGAUUGGUUCCUAAUGUAAACAAAAUAAUGGCAUGAGGGCUCAGAGCUGUGAGUGGUGUUUUAGGGGGUUUGUUUGGUAGACGAGUCUUUAGGUUUAAAAGUCAAUUUAACACUUAAGAAUUAAAUCUGUUUGGUUUAUUUCUAAUGUCAGAUAGCAUCUUUGAAAGGACAAAAAGAAUCAGCACAAGUUCACAUAUCCGCUGGCUUGUAGUCUUCUCUUUGCACCAAGGGAUCACAUUUUGAUAAUAUUUUGUAACAGGGCUUCACUUCAUUAAUUUAACAUUCCAAAUGAAUUCUGCGUAAUGAAGCUACCUCACAUCAUCGCAGCUGUAGCUAUCAUUUAAAGCAUUUAAACAUGAUGCAUUAUAACCGUCACUUUUUGCUUCAUUGUUGUCGACUCGAUUUCCUAAACAUAAGGACGUUCUGCUGCUGCUUGGGUCAAUGGACUUGUUCCAAUCACAUCAUGUUUUAUUGAUUUACUAGAGAGGGGAGAAGUCCCUGUCCUCGUGUUCUGCAUCAGUCCUGUUCUGACUUGGCUCACUGGCUCCCCUCGAGGAACAGAAGUCUGACAAUGGUCACCUUGUAUAUUAAAAACUGUAACGAUAGGCUCAUCUCACUAAGGGAGAUUAGCUUAUUGUGGGAUGUUGUAUAAUAAAGUGUGUUGAAGGAGACAUGCAAUAAAUGUUCUUUACUUUUACAGUU